AGCCAUGCUUUGUCCAAGCAGUGAGCGCUCCGUAUCAUUUCCAAGACGUAAAAUUUUUAGUAAAAAUCCUAAGCGCUAGGAAUCAACUAUAACUCGCAAUCUUAUGCCGACUCUCGCGCAUAAAAUUGGUUCUCUUAUCUUUUGCCCUCACUGUGGCACUCUGCUCAGUCCUCCAAAAGACGACGAGAAAACAGUCAUCUGCGAACAAUGCAGCUAUGAGGAGCCGGCAUCAUCUUAUGAGAAUAUUGAGAUCACCACUCGGUCACAUCCUGAAGCAUUUCCUUCAGCGCUGAGACAGAAGCGCAAAACCCAGACGAAGGUUCAUCAGGGUAAAGUCUUACCAAAGGUGUCAGAAAAAUGCCCGGCUUGCGGACAUUUGGAAGCUUAUUACGAAGAGAAACAGAUGCGCAGUGCUGAUGAAGGUUCAACAAUUUUAUACACAUGCGUCUCUUGCAAACACGGCUGGCGUGUCAACAAUUAGACACGAAUAUGCCUACACGUUUACUCCAACACUACAGAACAGGGCGACAACUCCAAAACCACCGAGGACACUUGCUAAUGAUGCCACCGCGGUCUCGCGUAGCGGAAACGUGUC